AUGUUAGCUCCUCACGGUGGUAUCUUACAGGAUUUGAUUGCAAGAGAUGCAUCAAAAAGAGAUGAACUUCUCGCUGAAGCUGCAACUUUGAAGUCUAUCAACUUAACCGAUAGACAAUUAUGUGAUAUUGAAUUGAUUCUCAACGGUGGGUUUUCACCUCUAACUGGUUUUAAUACUGAAAAGGAUUACCAAUCUAUUUGUAAUGACAUGAGAUUAGUUUCCGGUCAAAUCUGGUCUAUUCCGAUUACCUUGGAUGUGUCCGAAGAAACUUCCAAACAAUUUUCCAUUGGUGAAAGAGUUGUAUUGAGAGACCCUAGAGAUGAUGCUCCAUUGGCUAUUAUUAGUAUUGCAGAUAUUUACAAGCCAAAUAAAGAUGAAGAAGCUAAAAAUGUUUUCAGAGGUGAUCCAGAACACCCAGCUAUCAGAUAUUUAUUUGACACAGCAGGUGAUUACUACAUCGGUGGUGAUUUAGACGCAAUCAACUUACCAAAGCAUUAUGACUACACUGAAUUCAGAAAGACGCCAGCUCAACUGAGAUCUGAAUUUCAAUCCAGGCAUUGGAAUAAAGUUGUUGCUUUUCAAACUAGAAACCCGAUGCAUAGAGCACAUAGGGAAUUGACUGUUAGAGCAGCAAAGGACAAACUUGCCAACAUUUUGAUUCAUCCGGUUGUUGGUAUGACUAAACCAGGUGAUAUUGACCACCACACAAGAGUCAAGGUUUAUCAAGAAAUCAUCAAAAAGUAUCCAAAUGGUAUGGCUAAGCUCUCCCUACUACCACUAGCGAUGAGAAUGGCAGGUGAUAGAGAAGCUGUGUGGCAUGCAAUCAUCAGAAAGAACUAUGGUGCGUCUCAUUUCAUUGUGGGUAGAGACCAUGCAGGUCCGGGCUCAAACUCCAAGGGCGUUGAUUUCUAUGGUCCAUAUGAUGCACAAGAAUUAGUGGAGAAAUAUGCUCGUGAACUGGAAAUCGAAGUUGUUCCAUUCAGAAUGGUUACAUAUUUGCCAGAUGAAGACAGAUAUUCCCCGAUCGACUUAGUUCCAGCUGGAACCAAAACAUGCUCUAUUUCCGGUACUGAGCUAAGAAAAAGAUUAAGGGACGGUACCGAUAUUCCAAGCUGGUUCUCCUAUCCGGAAGUUGUGAAAAUUUUGAGAACUGCACACCCACCAAGAGUUUCUCAAGGAUUUGCCCUAUACUUGAAUGGUCUACCAUUUUCUGGUAUUCAUGCACUAAGUUAUGCACUACAAGCUACUUUUAACCAAUUUCAAGGUGGCAGGCACAUUACCCUAAUCGAUGCAGAAUCUGUUCCAACCGAGUCUCUUCCAUUCGUUGUUUCAGAAUUAGUUAGAUCGGGUGCUGGUGUCAUCAUUGCAAAUGCUAAAGAAAUAUUAGAAGCUUCCAAGUACAACAAUCUGAAGAAAACAGUUUCAAAGGCAGGUUCUUUCAUUACAGUUUCAAUUGAAACCUCUCUUGAUGUUUGUAAAUCAAAUGACAGAUCCGGCUACUACUCGACUGAAGCAGGUGAAAAGGCGCUCUCUGUCUACAAACCGAUUGCAGACGCAGAAAUCAAAGCUGAUUUAUCCGCAGAAGAUUCUUACAAUGUUGCCAUCCAAGAAAUCGUGUUGUAUUUGGAAGUACAAGGUUUCUUUAAGUUCUAA